UGAGGAAGCAGCAAAAGUAUAAAACUCGCACUCCCAUACACUGUUGCACACAACAUUCUGACACAGGACUCAAGAUGGCAUUGUUGCUCCUACUGGUGAUGCUGACAGCAUGUGCUGCUGCUCCUCAAGAUCUGUCAGGUAAAAUGUUCACCUUCCCACUACAAACCAACUCAGCUCAGGUGAGGCUGACAACAUCAAGACAGUAUCUGAGGGCUGUGACCGUCUGUCUCAGGUAUUUUACAGACCUCGGUAGAGAUUGCAGUCUUUUCUCUUUGGCCACACCCUCUGCUGACAAUGCACUUCUGAUUUACAAGUGGGCUGCAAGCGAUCAGAUUUAUCUCGCGAUCAGGAAUAGUGCUGCAGACUUCAGAGGGCAGGACUACAGACUGAACACAUGGCACUCAGUUUGUGCCACAUGGGAUUCUGCGUCUGGUGUAGGGCAGAUGUGGUUAGAUGGAAAGCCCUCAAGUAGGAAAUUCAUCAGCUCUGGAUCCGACAUCAGCGGGCCCUUCAUAAUUGUUUUGGGACAGGACCAGGAUUCCCAUGGCGGAGGCUUUGACAUUAAUCAGUCUUUUGUUGGCAUGCUGUCUGACGUCCACAUGUGGGACCACACCCUUUCCCAAUGCCAGAUCCAGGACUACGCGGAUUAUCUGAACUUCACCCCGGGAAAUUUGCUCAACUGGAGGAAACUGGAGUUCCAGACUGUAGGGAGGGUGCUGAUAGAAGAUAAACAAGAGCCCUAUUGUUAAACUUUUCAGGUUAAAAAAAUCAAUGAAAAUGAUUUUUUUUAAAAACAACAACUCCUCCUUACUCCUAAAGAUUGUUUAUCUUUUAUAAAAAAAAUCUGUUGUUGAUAAUAUUAUCUUGUGCUUUAUUUGUUUAUCAUAUUAUUGCAAAAGAAUGACUUUUCUUUAUCUUUUUUUCAUGUACUUACUGUACAAUCAUAAACCCAACCAAAGCUAACUUUGCGAGAUGAAUGUGUGAUUGUGAAAUUAAAACCGACCAUACUGUAGAUGAAAACAAGUUCAAAUUAUAUUGCAUUAUGUUAUUUUUUUCAAAGAAUAUUAUUUUUAUAGAUAUUUCGCAUUGUGUGUGCCUCUCGGCAGUAGCUAGGAGUACUGUAUAUACCAAAAAGCAAAAACAUUAAAACCAGUGGUGGGUGAAGUGAGUAACAUUGAUCAUUUUGGUACAAUGCAAUGUUCUGCUGGGAGACCAUUUUGUCAUGGCAUUCAUGUGGAUGCCACUUGAUGCCCUCCACCCACCCAAACAAUGCUGUGGGCUAAGCUCUUUAGCUCUUUCUUACAUUCCUUGGGCCAUUCCUGAGCAGUUUCUGGAGUGCAGCAUGGUGCAUUUUCUUGCUGGGGGCCACUGCCAUCUGGGAAGUUCUGCUGCCAUAAGGAGUGAAACUUGAUCUGCAGAGGUGUUUGGGUGGGUGAAGCCCAUUAAGUGGCAUCCUCAUGAAUUUCUGGACCAAAAGUUCUCCAGGAGAACAUUGUAUUGUAACAAAAUGAUCAACGUUACUUUUAAUGUUUUGGCUGAUCAGUGUAUGCCUCCUCUUUUGAUUGCUCCACAUUCUCUAUUCUUCAUUUCACUUUUCUUCCAAUGGUCUUAAUAGUGUUGUAUUUAAAGUUUUGAAAUGAAGUUGUAAAGUUGUAUUGUGUUUAAUGUAGCUCAACAAUGAAAUGUAAAAAAGAACACUGUAAAUAAUAAAGUGAAUAUUAUGUAAACACUAA